AUGAUGAAGAUAGUCGCCGUCCUUGUUGCCUGCCUGGCUGUUACCGCCUUUGCUAAGCCAACCGGUCUGUAUGGAGCAUAUGGAAUGGCCGGGAUGUAUGGAGGAAUGGGCGGAAUGGGCGGAAUAGGCUACGGAAUAGGUGGCAUGCACGGAGGUCUUUACGGAGGCUAUGGCGGUCUGUACGGAGGAAUGGGCGGUCUAUACGGAGGCAAAUACGGAUACGGCAUGAGUGGUCUGUAUGGAGGACUUGGAGGCUAUGGUGGUCUCUACGGAAUGGGAGGAUACGGAAUCGGACUAGGAAAAGGAAUUGGCUACUACUAAGCUACGGUAACUUGCAGUGUGAAGAUGACGGCAUAUAUUGUAUGCAUAUGACAAUACAAUUAGUU